AUGACACAUUUAUUUGUUAUACUCAUACUUGGAACAUCGGUUCUUUCGUUUGAUCAACCAGAAAAUAUUAAAGCUAAAGAAGUCCGAACAAAAAUAACCCCAUCACAGCCGGUAACCAGUACAAGACUUCCAAGAAAACAAGUUCACACUCUAAUGCGACCAACUCAAUAUACAAUUGGCGUUGAUAGUUUGAAAUUGAAUAAGCCAGUUUGGAGCACUCAGCUUCCCAAACCACAAUAUGUUCAAAUAUUUACAAAAACGUGCCAAAAGUAUUACACAAAAAGGCAAUUCGACUUAGUUAUGUUCGUGCAAACUUGGCCGGGUCAAUUAUGUUUUGACAAUGUAUGCAAACUCCCAGAAUCGACGUUGUCGCUUCAAGAAGGAUUUUUAAUACAUGGAAUGUGGCCAAGAUAUUUUAAAAAUGAAAGAUUGAAGUGUUGCAAGACGUCUUUCACAGAACUUCAAGUUGAAAACCAAAUGCUUAAAAACCCAAACUUGAUGUCGGGAAUACACAAAUUUUGGAUGUCACUUUUAAAUUGUAGAUUUGCCAUGGCUCAAUACGAAAAACAUGGCACCUGCGCAUUAAAAACAUACACUGGACCAAAUGGACCUUUAGAUUAUAUGGAAACGGCAAUUUCUUUAAGAGAGAAAAUUGAUCUUUGGGGCAUUCUUAGAACAAGUGAACUUCACGUUGAAAUGGAAAAAUUCUACAAACUGGAAAAUAUUAGAAAGGUUGUUAGAAGAGCUUAUGGAGUCAAUCCUGUUUUCAAAUGUAAUAAAGAAUCCAGUAUUUAUCAGGUAAAAAUAUGUUAUGAUACCAAAAAUGAUCGAUUUAAUCCAACACCAAUUGAGUGUCCAAAUUACAUUAAAAGAAGUGAAAAUUGUGGGACAAGAGUAGUGUUUAAAAAGAUUCCCAAUAACUUAAUCGAUCCUCAAAGAGCCCUUAGAAAUAAAUGCAAUUAUUAA